AUGGGAGGUACAGUAUUAUUGCAGGUGUUUGGGUGACUUGUCUGUGAAAAUAUGAUGUUUGUUUGUUUGUUUGUUUGUUUUUUUUCAUGACAUAUCAGCAAAUAAAAAGAAAUUUAGGGAUGGUUAAGCAUUAUUUGGGUUAUCAGUAAAUCAACAAAAUACAAAGUUUGUACAGUCCAUUUUGGAUGGAAAAAGUAUUGAUUCACCCAAUGAGCAGAGGCCCUUCAAUCUUCUUGGAAUGAUCUUGGAAGAUCAAAGGGGCUCUGCUCUCAGGGCAGUAGGGAUCUGUCUCCUAUGAUUAAUUUUGUCCGUGGGUGCAGGAACUUUAGUCUCACAUUGUCUGACCGCUUAAUAUAGUGUGGACCCCAUUACCCUCUGAUAAAGUGUAAGGUAUCCAUUCCCAAAGCAUAAAAUUAAUGGUUGUCAACUUUCUUAAGUUGGAAACAGGAAAAUCAAGGAAGGGUUGCAGCAAUUUUUUCUGAGAUUCUAGCUUAAUUCUAAUUAGUUGAAGGUGGAGAAAUAAUUUAUAAGCUUUUUUGCAUCUGUCUUAUUCCAGUCCUUCAAGAAUCUUGAUCACAAUACUAUUAGAAACAGAACAAACCUAUGAAGAAAUAUGAAAGUUUCUUAUGGUGAAAUACUUGCUCCUAAAACUAUGAUUUGCCAGACUAGCACUAAAAGUACAGUUAUUCUUUGCUCUCCUUCAAAUAGGUUUUUCAUCUCCUAUCCUGCAUGGUCUUUGUUCAUUUGGUUUUGCUGCUCGUCAUAUUCUGAGGCAGUAUGCGAACAAUGAUGUCACUAAAUUCAAGGCCAUCAAAACAAGGUUUUCAAAGCCUGUCUAUCCUGGACAAACGAUUCAGACAGACAUGUGGAGGGAGGGUAACAGAAUCUUUUUCCAGUGUAAAGUGGUAGAAAGUGGGCAUUUGGUGUUGUCAGGUGGAUAUGUUGACUUGAAGGACAUGGAUGAUGCCAAGACAACAAUGCCAGUAAGUUCUUGUUAACAACGUUUUUGGUGGUUUUGCUUCUUUUUGGGUAGAUAGUAACCUGAAAAUGGCUUGACCACUAGUAUGAAAAGGUGAAGCCUGCACAACACACGACAGGGUGCUGUGGUGAGUUUUGGGCCAUUAACAAAGCCCUCUUAGGCGGGGUACAUAUGUCCCCAGUCUGAGUAUUAAAUAUGGUUGUUUCAUGAUUUGAGGAGAAGGCCAUGUCACGGUCAGUGUUUAACCCAUCUUAAAGUUCAUGUUUGUUGCCAUUUCGUCUAGAAUUAUGUCGCUGUUUCAAGGCCAUAUCAUAUGUAAUUAUGCCUUUCCACUCAACUGCCAUGUGAAAAAAAGUUGCACAUGUAGUUGCUGAUUCAUGCAACAAAAAAUCUUGACUUACUAUAUCACACGGUGCUCGGCCAAAACAUUCAAAAUAAAGCUAAUGGUUUUUUUAUCCAUGUUGUACUGCGUAGUGGAGCCGAAAUGUGUGGAAUUUUCCCAGUCUUUACUUGAGGUAAUUUUGACAUAUUUUAAUGGUUUGGAUUAUUGUCUUUUUGAAACAGGAUGUACAUGCGGUAGUCUCCAGUCCAGGUAAAUCAGGCCUCAAGAGUGAAGCUCUUUUCAAAGAGAUUGGCAAACGCAUCUCAGAUCACCCUGAACUUGUUAAGAAAGUCAAGGGCAUAUUUGAGUGGAAUAUUACAAAGGGUGGUAAGACCGCAGGUCAGUGGACUGUGGACCUCAAAAGUGGGUCUGGUUCCGUGACGGAAGGUCCAUACAAGCAAGGCAAGGCCGACUGCACCAUAACUGUUGAGGAUGAUGAUCUGGCUGCUAUCGCUAUGGGAAAAGCAAACCCUCAAGAGCUAUUCAUGAAGAGCAAGUUGAAGGUCAAAGGUAAUAUCAUGCUCACUACAAAGCUGGGUCAACUUUUCAAGGACCAAGCCAAGUUGUAG